CGAUGUGCCUCGGCCGCACCCUGCAGCGUUACACGCCUGUCGCAGUCGCAGCCGUACACAUGCAUGCCCCCAUGCCCAUGUCUACGUCAACAAGCGCCGGUGGAGGGAGUCUAUAGCCACAUUGGCUCGAGAAUCUGACGUAGGGCACUGGGACCGACCAGAACAAUAGGGCUUGGCUUGUUGCUUCCCGAUUGGAUGCCAACCAACUCGAAGACGAAAGGAGCAAGAGUAGCCGCCGCUCGAGCCGAGACGGAAGGAGUCACUCGUGAGCAACCAAGUCUCGCACCAUUGAGACUGCAGCGGGAAGACUCUGAUGGCACCAUGACUCACAUCGCCAGGUCACUUCGAAAGGUAUGCCCACUCUUCGGAGCAGAGGAGGGCGAGGCCAUCAUGGUGGCUGGUGCAUUGAUGGGAUACGCCUUCGAAAGGAAGCCAGUGUCGGAGGAGCAGUGGUGUGUGCUGUUGGCGGAGGUGCUUGAUGAUAAUGAGUUGACAUUAGACGAUGAUGGCAACGAUGUGUCUAUCCGUAAGGUGAUACAAGAUUUGCAGUUCCAAGGUGUGCUGAAUACUCCUGAGGCAGCUAUCGAAGUUGGCGACAUGGUGGUAGCGCUGCUCGAUGAGGAUGAGGAUUGGCACGAGGCCGUUGUUCAAGAAAUCAUUACUGGUAGCAAGCUUCGCGUCGUGUUCUUGACGUACGGCAAGCCUCAAGCAACAGAUAUUGCCAACAUACGGGCAAUGAGCACUGUCGCUGCCGACGAAGGCACUGAAGGUGAACUCCGAGAAGGGCAGUGUGAGUUGUGUCGGAGGCAGAAGUUGCUCACUUUCCAUCAUCUCAUUCCCAAGGAUACGCAUCCCACAUACUUGAACAAGCCUUCCCAACUGGCCAGCGCCGGGGUGAAGGGUGAGCCAAGUCGAAGCUUUCUCAACACUUAUGGCACUAUGGUGUGCUCGCAGUGUCAUUCAUACAUACACAAAAUCGCUCCAAAUACAGGCCUUGCGAAAGAGUAUAACACUCUUGAAAAGAUACGGGCUGACGAUAGAAUUCAGCGUUGGGUGGAGUGGGCUGGCAAAAUGAGGUAGCCUCCACUGUCAGCACCACGGUUCGAGGGUGUCUUCAAUUUACUUACGUCGUCAACGAUUUGCAAACAUCGCGCGUGUACAGCGACCAACGUGUGGUUCAUGUGUGAACAGCGGCUCGCGUGUGUACAGUGACCCGCGUGUGCUCCGUCUGUCUACGCGCGAGCCGCGUUACCAGAGUUUGAACAUUCUGAAGCAUUGUUGCCUGAUCAUACUGUCAGUGGCCCUUUGGCAAACAACAAUUGUUUGCAUGACAUCCUGAGCAGCACUGGUAGCACUGUAAAGCGUGUCCGUGCGAGCACAGAAUACACGCGCCUAGUAAAAGAUGCGGCCCAGCCCCGA